GUGCGCGAGCAGUUUGGGAGUUGCCGCCCGGGCAAAGCAAUGACCGCCAAGCAGGGGGGAACGGAGCCGGCUCCUCCUGCUUCUCUCUCUGCCGCUGCUGCCGCCCCUUCGCCGCUGCCCAAGCUGCUCUCUGCGCUCUUCUAUGGGACCUGCUCUUUCUUGAUCGUCCUGGUAAACAAGACAGUGCUGACCGCUUACAGAUUCCCAUCUCCAGUGUUUCUUGGAAUUGGACAGAUGGUAACCACUAUUCUGAUCUUAUAUGUAUCAAAGUUAAAUAAAAUCAUCCACUUCCCUGAUUUUGACAAAAGCAUCCCUAAGAAGCUGUUUCCGCUUCCUCUGAUUUAUGUUGGAAAUCACAUAAGUGGAUUAAUAAGCACAAGCAAACUAAGUCUACCAAUGUUUACAGUCCUUAGGAAGUUUACCAUUCCUCUUACAUUGCUGCUGGAAGUUGUUGUACUUGGGAAACGCUAUCCAUUGAAUAUUAUAAUCAGUGUGACAGCAAUCAUCUUGGGAGCUUUCAUAGCAGCAGGAUCAGACCUAACUUUCAGUUUAGAAGGCUACGCUUCUGUUUUGCUGAAUGAUUUCUUCACAGCAGCAAAUGGUGUUUACACAAAACAAAAAAUUGACCCAAAGGAGCUGGGAAAAUAUGGAGUCAUUUUUUAUAAUGCCUGUUUUGUGGUAAUUCCUACAGUUCUCAUAUGUGUCUUCACUGGAGACUUCCAACAGGCCACCGAUUUCAAGCAGUGGACAAAUGUUUUAUUUAUCUUUCAGUUUCUUCUUUCCUGUUUACUGGGGUUUCUUCUGAUAUACUCGACAGUCCUCUGCAGUCAUUAUAAUUCUGCCCUCACGACCACGGUGGUUGGUGCUCUAAAGAAUGUAUCCAUCGCUUAUAUCGGAAUGCUGGUUGGUGGAGACUAUAUCUUCUCCUUGUUGAAUUUCAUUGGGCUCAAUAUUUGUAUGGCAGGAGGGCUGACAUACUCAUUUCUAACAAUCCAGGGACUGGACCAUCCUCAGCGUUUCACAGAUGAAGAAAAAGCACUGUCAGGCACCAAGAGUUAGCAGAAGCAUGAGAAGCCGAAAAGGUGCCUUCUAGAAAUUAGAAAAAAUUUUGCAAAAAAGGGUAUGGAUUCUACCUCAUCUCACAUUGUGUUCCUGGUGGUGCCAUAAGCCAAGUCCUGUUUUCAGAUAGAAGCUGACAGCUGCAAAGCCAUAACCUGAAGAUGUUUUGGAUUCUUUAGAUACCAAGACUUAUUGCAGUAGACUCUGGACUCCUUCAAAAAUGAAUGGCAAGCUUUGGCAACCUCUUAUUUGUUUGCAACAGGCAGGAUCUCAUGAUCCUUGAUUGGUUUUAUCCAGUUCAGACUUCCAUUCCAAUAUGGUGGGUGUUGGUUCACCUAUCCUGCCUGAGGUUGCCUACCUCAGGAUAAAAUGCUGCCUUAUAUUUUUGAAAAUGAUAUGCUGGCACUGGACACUGUCUACAGGCUGCAAAAUAUAGAUUAAUCAACCAUCUUUUGCACAUGGGCCUUCCGUAGGAACAUGGGCAUGUCUCAAUGGAUGCAUAGAGCUCUUUCUUCAGAACUUUCAUGGUCUAAAUGCUGUGGCUCAAUCUGCAGGCUGGCUGAAGGAAGAAUAUCUCUGCCUUGGAGUAGGAGCUUGGACUAGCUUUCCCUCUGGCUGCAUGCCAGCAAUAUGGCGCUGUAUUUGGGAGGUAGGAAAUGUGUCCUUCACAAAGGCAAGCACUGUUUUUUCUGGGUCAGCCUCAGCGCUGCCAAGAAACUAGCCAUUCAGCUGCACAGUCUUUGAUGUCAUGAAUGCCCUCACACCACCCGUAUGGAUGCCCAAGGCCCUCCCUGUUAUCUCCCGUCCCCCAGAGCAUUAGAUUUUCUGGAGAACAUAUAUGCUGAAAGAACAUGUCCGAUAAAUAUCCGAUGCCCGUGUGCCUUAAGCAGGAACGCCAGGCUUCCACUCUGCAGUUUUUGAUCCUCAGUUCUGCGAAGAGUUCUGAUCCUAGAACAGCGCUUUUCCACCUUCCUAUUCUAGCUGAGCUUUUCAGGAAGCCUUUAAUGGAGCCUCUUCCAGACAGAGUUUGGUGAGCCCUCUGGAAUGGCACAGGGCAUAAAGCAUAGGGGCUGGGUGGGCUGCAGUGGGAAGAGAGGGUCAAUAAAUAUUGGGGAACACUUUUGCCUUCCUCAUGUGUAACAAGUGGAUCCAAGCCAGUGCAUUUGAAAAAGCAUUUUCCUUCUGUCAGUGCUAGUCCUGUUAGUUUCAUUCUCCCAGCAAAGCAGUCUGCUUCAAACAUGAAGAACCAAACCUGUGUGGGUCAUCUUCUUGCUGUCACAGAUAGAUCACCCAGGGUUCUGCUCCUGGAUUAACCAACAGAAAGCAAUGCAUAACCAGUGGAGUGUAAAAGAUGAUGGAAGAUACAGUGCAGCCCAAAAUCUUUAAAAUGCAUUCCAAACACUUCCCCCUUUUCAUAUGAAUAGUGAUGACUGUUAUGUGAAGGGGUAGAAUUCUGGGCUACAGAACAUUCUGCAGCUUGCAAAGCUUAAAAUGAGUGCACGAACCUCACCUGGGGCACGGGAGCUUUGCUGAAGUUCUGUGCUCACCUUCCUCACCUGCUGCUCGCCUGCUAUUUUUGAUUUUAUCUCCUAACAAUUUCUGGCCACUGGCCGUGCUGGUUGAUUGAAGCCAAAAUCAGCAAGGUGGGGAGUGGCACCAGCCUGGAAAGCUGCUCCUACCCCAUGGCUAAAGUGCACAGCUGCAAGGGACAGAGCUGCCCCACCUAGGCCUGGGGAAAAUAAGGCAGUGGCUCUUCUCAUGCAGAGUUGCUCUCUGGCAAUUCGGACAGUACGGUCUGUCUCAUAGGUGUGCUACUCUGAAAUG